ACGCGUCAAGAGGAUGGUGUAAUGUUUUCGCUGAAUUAAAUUUUUACUUUCUACGAUGGAAUUCAAUAAUUUUGAUUCUGCUACUGAUGAUAAGUCCAACUUGAAUGGAGACUGUUCACCGCCUCCGACGAAACAAGCUUUCGACAUGAACCACACCAAAAAUAUUGAUGACAUUUCUACGCCUUCCGAACUGAAAUUCGAUGAAGAUUUCGACUUUGAGGACCCUGAGAUUUCUGAGAAGAGGAAGGAAAUUGAAAGAUGUAUUCAAAACCCAGACUCCGUGAACUUGGAAAAGUGGCAACAGUUUGCCAAGAGUAAAGGAGGCCUAAUAAGUGAUGAUUAUAGAAAAGUAGUAUGGCCUCUUUUGGUUGGAGUAACACAAGAAGAAAUGACAGAGCCACCAUCACUCGAUGAUCUCUCAACACAUGGAGAAUAUAAUCAGGUGGUGUUAGAUGUGAACCGUUCUUUGAAACGUUUUCCUCCUGGCAUACCUUAUGAACAACGUGUGGCCCUGCAAGAUCAACUGACAGUGCUUAUCCUAAGGGUCAUUAUUAAGCAUCCAGACUUGAAAUAUUAUCAGGGGUAUCACGAUGUCGCGAUUACACUGCUGCUUGUGUGCGGCGACCGCGCGUCGUUCCCUCUACUGUGCCGGCUGUCGUGCGGUCCACGCGCGCCUCUACAGCCCUUCAUGCAAACCACGAUGGCGCCCACGCAGCACCUGCUCAACUACAUGCUGCCGGUCAUACGACGCGCCGACCCAGACGUCGCCGACUGCUUGGAAAAAGCUCAAGUGGGCACUAUGUUCGCCCUACCCUGGUACCUGACCUGGUUCGGGCACAGCCUGAACCGGUACUCGGACGUGGUGCGGCUCUACGACUACUUCCUGUGCGCGCCUCCACUGUUUCCGGUCUACGUCACUGCCGCUAUAGUACUGCACCGUGGCGGUGAGGUGCUGCGCUGUGAUUGCGACAUGGCCAUGCUGCACUGUCUGCUGUCCCGGUUACCAGAUGACUUACCGUUCGAAGACAUUUUGGUGACUGCGGAGAAACUGUAUCUCGAAAACGACCCGGAAGUCUUAGAGCCGGAAGUUGCGGCGCUCGAGAGGAGAGAGGCGGAGGUACGCCGGUUAGACGAGGAGCGCAUGAAGCGUAGACAGGCGGCGGCUAGAAACCGUCGGAACCCGCCCGCUAGACGUUGGCCUUCCCUCCUGAAGGCGUUAUCGUCUCGCCGGGCGUUACUCGCGACGGCCACAGUACUGCUCGGCGUCUACGUGUACUACCGGCCGGAGUUGCUGUUCAUAAGACAUCACGAAGAUACUCUCGGGGAAUUAUAGAAGUUGAGUGAAUAGGACUUGUAAAUAAAAGAAGUUUAAGUUUAUAACUUUAUUUUCAUUUAUUUAUACUUUGAUAAAAUAUAUUCAGACAACAAUAAUGUAGAGAGAGGCUGUACAAGCUGCAUAAACUGAAACAUUCCUUUUAAUAUAAAAGAAAUUAUAAACAGAAUUUGAAGAACCACAGAAAAUAAAAUUGAUUAUGCAACAAAAAAUAAAAUAUACUUAAUGAAUUCCAUUAAAGCAAAAUAAAUGCUUCCUUAAUCAAUGUGUCAAAAAAUAAAAAAUAAAAUUUUCAAUGAGAACCAGACACUUCCAUGAGAAGUUUUUAUCACAGCCACUGGCUUGAGUAUGUUACUUAUAGAAUAAAAUAUAUAUUAGACUACUUAAAGAUAGAAAAUCUAUUAAUAUUACAACUAAUUAAUUGGUAAUAUUGACUACUAAGAGAGCUAAAUUAACAAAGGGGAUGAUGACAGGGUAAAGUUAACAAAGUCCGUCAUUAGAUUAUCAAAAAAUAAUUCUCCCCAAUUUUUUUUUUCAAUCAAUCUUUUUGAUUGAAGACAAAAAUAACACGCGUCAAGGUUUGGAAGACGGGGAUCAUGACGUCACUUCUAAGUAAAAAUUGGACCGAGAUGUAACGUCAUGUGAUAUUUCAAAUCAAAUGUUUUGAUUAUGUGUGACUUUUCGAUAGUCUACCUAUUUGACGAGGAACAAAAAAGUUAUGUCAUCAUCUCUAUUAAAAGCAGUUGCACAUUCUGAUAAAUCACUAAAUUAAGAAAAGUUAACAUUGAAGAACAACGUACACCAUAUUCUUUUUGCUAUUAAGCUUGAGCGUAAUUCAGGAUUAUUCUACGACACACGUCUUUUUGCGAGAUGAUAAGAGAAAAUCUUUAAUCGUUAAAACGAAACGGGUAUAAAGUGAAUCUAUUGAAAAUAUACGAAACCAGUUUGGUACUAUGAAUACCCCAUUCCAAACAAAUAAAGCUAAGUUUUGUUCAUUGUUCUUAUCACCUCACAAGUUAAAUUAUAGUUAUAUACAUUCACUGGCAAGACCUUAUGCUACCCGCGCACUAAAACAUCUAUGUUAUUUUAUUUCUUAGACAUAGAUUUAAAAUCGAACCACCUGCUAAGAUUGCUAGAAUUUUUGAAAAACUUACUACAUUUCAGAUCAAAUGAAUCCAAGCCAAAAUUGAUAUGCUUUAUUAGCAACGAUUCACAAUGUUGAGUCUUCCUUCCACACUAUCUCUCACAAAUAAAAUUGCUAAGUAACAAAAUAAAAAUUACCUGGUACAAGAAUAAUAUAAAUUGCGAUACAUGCUGAAAAAAUAUGUUAUUAUUUAUCUUAAUUUUGGUGAUAGCUGUUAAGAGUACGAGAAUGUGUAUAUUAAUAUUUUAUACUUAAUAUGUAGUGACAAUGCUAUAUUGUUAUAACCGUAUGCAAGAAUUCAAUCAAUCGACUGGAAAACGAUUUACUUAUCAACGACACCAACAGCGAAGUUUUUGAACAUUAUUAGUAGCUUUAAACUUUCAUGGUCACUAACAUUAUAGCUAUUAACGGGAUUGUAACAUGUACCUUGUUUUUUGACUCAUAAAAACAAUGUACAUGGCAACAAUCCCGUCAAUAGCUAUAAUUAUUUGUAGCAUAAUUAUCUAUGGAAAGUACGAUAAAUUAAAGCCAAAUUUUUACGUUGUUAUAGUAGAUUGAUGUGAGAAACCGUUUUUAGCUCUCAAUAAUCCGUAAAAAUUACAGUAUAGACUAGGUAAUGAGCGGGUUAUCGACACGAAAGGAAUCAACUCCACACUACGCGAAAAUUGCAAAGUAAACAAUUUUGCUUAAUUGCACGAAAUAUUUUAAAUAAUAGGGCCAAGUCUUUAUUCCCUGAUUUCGGUGGUGAUACACCCUGACUUUUUUUUACCCAAUUUUAUAAUUACUGAUCAAAGUUCUAGUUCAAGUAGUAGUAAAAUGUUAUUACCCAAUAUUGCUAAAAGCUACAUUAGAUAAGCGAGUUGUGUUUACUGUUGGAUCGUUGGAAGGGAUCCAGGAAAAAGCAAAACUACUGUAUUUUGCUUUUCCUUAGAAAGUAUUUUUCUAGUGAAUAAACAGCUUUAAAAUUAACGCGUGUUAAUCCAAACAAGCGUAAAUCUCUUUCAAUAUUGUUUUUUUAAAUCUUUUCGUUUACCAUGAGACACAAGACCUCCAUAUGAAACAUACUAAAAGCAGUUCAAUUUACGUAUUUUUAUUCAGCGAUUCACAACAAACAAAAAUACGCUCGUUUGUCUUCACUCUACAGACAGGAAGCGAAUACGUUAUUAGCCGAUGAGUAGAUACUCUAAAUUUAAGGUUAAAACCCACUUACAAGACUGCGCCAACACUUCCCUAAACUAAGGUGACUGUUUGCAGUCCACGCGCAUCGGCGCUGUCGAGCUAGCUGUUAGCGAUUUCAUCAUCAUCCUAUUAAUGUUCCCACUGCUGGGGCGCAGGCCUUCCCUAUGGAUGGAAUAGUGAGAUUAGGCCAUGGCCCACCACGAGGGCCCUUUGCAAAUUGGCGGGUGAACGAGGAACUCGAGAUAGAAGAUUUUUGGUCACCCAUCCAAUGACCGACCACUGCGAAAGUUGCUUUAUUUCAACGAUCGCAACCGAACGUGCUAACCCCCCGCGCCAUCGGGCUCCUCAAGCGUUAAGUAAGCGAAUUGCUUGGUAGAAAUGCGAGAAUGGCCAAGUAAUAGCAGUAAGCACUGAAGAACGCUCGCUUGCAACGCGUGGUAAGGGAGGCAUCAACUACCGAGCAGUCUCACGGCUCUAGGCUCGCUGACAGCUAAUUUAUGUUGCCGAUGUAAAGUACAACUAAAUAUCAAUACGUAAAACCUAAAUUUGGAUUAUAUUCUUUUUGGCGGGUGGGAGCGAAGUCGUGUAUGUGGGCUUAGACCUUUAAUGAGCAGGGUGCAGGCAGAGAGGAACUUUGAAGCUAAUCCUUCUCAGUUGAAGUAUUGCAACUUUUUGCGCUUGGUAAUCAUCUCGCUGCGCUGGCUGGGUUGGAAAAGUGCGAGUUUUCAAUCACUGGGUUUGGUGGUAACUAAUCUCCAAUAUAUUGUUUAGUAGCGUUUUCUAACUGUCAACACGAAAUAUCUACUCGUUUGAAAUGGUGAUUAGAAAAAACCUAGCAUAACAAAAUGAGUUACUACCUGACUACCCGGGUAUGUUUGCCCCAAAAGAGCGGAAGAGAGACCUCUUGUUCAGCCGACGAGUACCGUCUUUAUGUAGUCUACUGCUCGCUGGUCAUGCAAUAUGCGUAAAUGUUCAGCGUUGGGCAGCGGUAAUGUUUUUACGCGCAUGGGGUUUCUGCCCCACAAACGUCUUUGCCUCCAGAGGCCGCAGGCGGAGAGAGAUCUGGCGUUGACUGUGCCAUCGCCGUCGCCCGUCGCUAAUUGCGGAUAUCCGUCCAGCCACGUGCCCGGCUUGUAUACC